GUUAGCUUGCAACAAUGCCAGAACCAGCUAAGUCCGCGCCUGCUCCGAAAAAGGGCUCCAAGAAGGCCAUCACCAAGACCCAGAAAAAGGGGGACAAGAAGCGCAAGAAGAGCCGCAAGGAGAGCUACUCCAUCUACGUGUACAAGGUGCUCAAGCAGGUGCACCCGGACACGGGUAUUUCCUCCAAGGCCAUGAGCAUCAUGAACUCCUUCGUCAACGACAUCUUCGAGCGCAUUGCUGCUGAGGCUUCGCGUUUGGCUCAUUACAACAAACGCUCCACCAUCACCUCUCGGGAGAUCCAGACGGCCGUGCGCCUCCUGCUGCCCGGCGAGCUGGCCAAGCACGCCGUCUCCGAGGGCACCAAGGCCGUCACCAAGUACACCAGCUCCAAGUAACGUGUCUUCAGGCCGUUUCGGAAAAACCAAAGGCUCUUUUAAGAGCCACCCACUUAUUUCAGUAAAAGAGUUGA